AUGUCAAGACCAGUGGAAGGAACGAUAAUUGUCGGAGCCGGGACGUCAGGUCUUGCUGCCGCCGCAUGCCUCAGAGAAAGAGGCGUUCCAAUAACCUUGCUGGAGAAGUCCGGUUGCUUAGGCUCGAUCUGGAAGGAGAGGACAUAUGAUCGCUUGCAUCUUCACACUCCAAAGGAUUUUUGGAUCAUCUGCAUGAAUAUGUGGAAGCGUUUUGAUAUAAAACCCAUUAACAGUACACAUGUGGACAGCGUACAAUACGAUGAAAAUUCUAAGGUCUGGCGUGUUACCUCCCAAGGUUUCUCAUCUAGCAAUGAAAUCGAGAAGGCCGAGUAUACGGUCCGCUGGUUGAUUGUCGCAUCACGGGAGAAUGCUGAGAUUGUCAUGCCCAAACUCCCAGGGAUGAAAACUUAUAGUAGGAGCAUUCUGCACUCGAGAAAUUAUAAGUACGGUUCAGAGUACGUGGAUAAGAGGGUGCUCGUAGUCGGUUGUGGAAACUCAGGGAUGGAGAUUGCACUAGACCUUGCCAACUUAAACGCCAAACCAAAAGUCGAUUGUGUGAAAUGUGUGAUACAGGUGCACGUUCUUCCAUGGGACAUUGUCGGAGCUUCAACCUUCGUGGUGGCUAUGCGACUUUCGAAAGCCUUGCCUCUUUGGCUGACUGAUUGGCUGCUUGUAUUUGGCACGUGGCUGACAUUGGGCAACCUGGCGAGAUACGGACUAAAGAGGCCCAUCGAAGGGAAUCUACAGCUCAAGCAGAAAACGGGGAAGACUCAUGUUUUGGACGUGGGGACGGUCAAUCAGAUUAAGAAUGGUCACAUUGAGCUAGACAAUGCAUAUGUUGUAGCACUUAUGACCUCUGGGGUCCGAUUCAAGAAUGGGGAGUUCGAAUCAUACGAUGCAAUAAUCUUCGCAACAGGAUAUCGAAGCAAUGUUCCGAUGUGGCUAAAGGUGGCAAGCUGGUCCAUACGUGAAGACUUUGUGAAAACUGUAUCUAACUGUUGCAACGUGUUUUAUUAUACAGAUAUUUCUCUUAACCAUCAUGAUUAUUUUCCUAGUGCUUCAAUGCGUGAUGGAUGGAAAGGAGAGAGGGUAUUGUAUGCCAUCGGAUUCACGAAGAAGGGACUUGUUGGAACUUUCAUUGUAUUUCACAGACGCCACGAAUAUCGCCGAAGACAUCGGGAGAGCUUAUGA